AUGUCUGGAAUUCAUCCACAUCUGAAGAUAGGAGUUGACUCUUCUCUCAACAAUAAAGGUUCAACAUUCAAAAUAGGGCAUCAAGUUGGACUGGAAAUAGAACAAUGUCAGACAUUGAUGAAAGCAUUGAAAUGGACUUACGAAUUCGUUCAAUAUAAUAAUGAAAUCGGUCAUGUACUUGAAAAUGGAACUGCAACUGGAAUGCUGGGAGACAUUCAAAAAGGACGUAUUGAUAUGGCUUGUGGAAGAUUCCGAAUGACACCGGAUCGAGCUCAUAUUCUCACAUUUACAUAUCCGACACAAUUCGAAUUAUUUUCUGCCAUCUGGUUGCUCGCUUGGUUCCAUGUUUUUAUUGACUUUUAUACUUCGGAAUUGAGUGGAAUGAUGGUUGUUUCUGAUAAAAAACAAAUGCCAUUUGAAGAUUUUUAUGGAUUGAUAGAGCAGUUGAGAAAAGGAUCGUAUCGUCUAUUCACUCCCUUUUCUGAUCGUAUUCCCGAAUGUCCUCGUGAAAUUUCUCCAUCUAAAUGCAUUUCCAUUUUCUCAGAAAUUCUUUCGAAGCAUCCACCCGAAUAUGGUGAUGUCACACAACUGAAUGAUCGGGAUUUCGUGUCUUCGGUAUGUCCAGCAGCUUAUAUCGUUCGUCCAACAUUUCCAUAUCUUGACGAAUUGAAUAAAAUGAUUAUAAAGAUAUUGCCAGCAUUCAGUACAAUUGACAAUCAUUAUACUCCUGCAUAUCCACAGUUAUCACUAAUUGAGAAACCAUCAAAAUCUUCGUUUACUCUCAAUCAAUUAUCCUCAAUUUUUGUGAUUCAUCUUCUCGGAACGUUCAUUUCAUCGCUUCUUCUAAUCAUCGAGAUUGUCAUGAGUGAGCAACGGAUUCCCACUAUUCUCAUGUUUAUUUUUAGAAAGUCUAACCAAUCGAAGGACUACGAACAACAUCUCUGUAGACAUAUUACUAGAAUAGAAGGUGAAAACGAAAGAUGA